AUCCCCUCCUCCGCGCCGCCGUCCUUCUCGCUCUUGGAUGGCCGCGGCGCCCGCUCCCUCUGAACUCGCCGGAGCAGGGAUACAGCCGCCCGGGGCCUCUUGCUCGUGCUUGGUUUUCCGUACCCCACUUCCUAAAGGGUCUUUAGGGGUUCCCGGACUCCUUCGCCUGGGAACCUCCAUCCGCCCCGCACAGCCCCCGGCAGGGCCGGGGGGCGGCUUCAGUGGCGACCUGGUGGGGCCUGGCGGCCCUGCUCCCUGACGUCAGCGCCGGCGCCGUCAUUGAACAGCUUUUGCUUAGGGCAGAAGAACCUAUGGGCACAAAAAGCAGCAUCGAGUAGCGGUGGCGGAAGAACGAGCAGGAGCUUGAAUUUCAGUUUUCUUAUGAGGAAUUUUCCAGAAAAGAUAUCUUCACUGUGAAAUAAGUAAAUAAAUGCCCACUUAGUACAACAGUGCCGAUGUAAUAGUAACAAAAAGUCUCAGCAUCAUUUAAGAUAAAAGGCCAUCAUCAGACAAUGCAGGACAGAUUGUAACAACAGGAAGUACUACAGAGAUUCAGAGAAUGCCAUAAAUAACCUUGGAAUCCUGUGCUUGGGAAUGAAGUCUCACUAUUUGCCCAGACUGAUCUCAAACUCCUGGCUUCAAGCAAUCUUCCUGCCCCAGUCUCCUAAAGUGCUGGGAUUAUAGGAGUGAGUCACUGCACCUUGCCUCAUUGAAUAAUUUUUUCUUUAUAUGUAUAAUGUCUGAAAGGAGCUGCCUUCUGUCUUUUGUCCAGUUUUAAAGUUGUUUACAGUGAGAGGAGCGCUAGCCCACACCUGUUACUAUAUCACAUUUGGAAGCAGAAGUCAGUUACCCUUAAAUUAGAGAUGAGGAAACUGAGGAAAUGAAAGGUUAAGCAACUUGCCCCAAAUCACACAGCUGUUUACAUGUGAUGGAGCUUGAAUUCAAACCUAGGCAAUCUAUCUUUAGAGAUGCUCACUUAAUUAUUGUAGUGUACAGCUUCUUAGAAAAAUGGCUUUAUAUAUGCAUGUAAAAUGUUUUGUCCAGUGUCAGGUAACAUAGUCAAUCCUUAAUAAAGUCUAGCUAAAUUAUUCUUUAAAAUCCUAAAGCUCAGUAUGAAUUUGUUCCUAGCCCAGUGUUUCAAAGCAAAAGAUGAUUAAUAGGACACAAGCACCAUCAAGUGAGUUGAUAUUCCUUAUUAACACUAAUUUUUAUUACCAUCCUACUAUUAGCAAAUAAAAACAAAGAAUUUGCUUAAGUCGUUUAUUAAGUGCAUGAACAAAAUAUUAAAUCCUUAGCCUGCUUUCUUUUGCCAUUAACACUACCUUUCUUAACUAGAAAUAUAAGAUAAAAUGAAUAAAAUAAACCAAGCAAUCAGGCAUAAGUACUAUCAGUUUCUGAAUUUCAAAUAAAUCCUGUGCAGUAACACACCCUUCUGGCCAUAAUGGAGAUUGCACCAGAAUGAAAGCACAAGCUCAUAAAUAAAAAUGUAAACAUUUGUAAUAGAACCCAGCAUUUACUAUAGUAUCUAAUUCUUAAUCUGCCAUCUAAAUGAGCUCUAAUUGUUCAUCUUAUUUUAAAACAUUAUAACUGGAGACAUCUGUAAGUCCAAGCUUUUCUUUGGUUUUAGCUCAUACGCUUGAAAACAGUUUCUCUCUGUCUUCUGCCCUUUUUUUUGUUUUUUUGGUGAGAUAUAUGUAAAUAUUUUUCAAACCUCUAUUGUAUCUAUUAGAAUGGAAUGCUAUAAACAUGUGGCAGCUAUCCAUUCACUCAGAUUAGCAUAGAUGGAAAAACUAGUUUAUUCAGGUCUUCUCUCCACAAUGUCCCACUCUUGCCUCAGCCCAAGCAGUGAAGCAAAAAAACCCACAUAGUCCAGUUCAUCUACUUUGCCCUCUCUAAUGUUCAAAUUGACUGAACAGCUAUCAGAUCUCCAUUACACACUGUUCUCUGCAGAUCGCCUUUUUGAUAAGUCUUAACCUAAAAAAAUUAUUAAGGGAAAUGAAGAAAUUAGAAAAUGACAAAUUAAUUACAAGAAAUGUAAGACUUGGCUUAUUAUUAUCAUCUCCUUUUUGAUAUCAGCUGUAUUUGUGGCAGAAAGCCAUCGUGAUCCGCUGUCUCAGUAUAUUGUUAAGCUAGUAAUUCUGAAUAUGUUGUCAAGGUUGUAAAAUGUUCUGAGUAGACCACAUCUUCAGUAAUUUCCACAAGUUUACAAUUUUUCGGGUAAAGCUAUAAUUUAUUACCUUAAAAGAAAUUCAUUUUUUCAAUGUAGUAAGAGCUGCUGCUUAGUUAUAAUACUCUGAAACUUUCAUGAAACUAUCCUUUUUAUAACUCAUAUUACAAUAUGAGCUCUUUCAUGUUUUUUAACUUCUUUGGACCUUGAGAUGCAGUGUUAUUCUAGAUGCAGCAUUACUCACAGUGGACGUUGUCCUCAAAUUAGCAUAAUUUCCAUUUCAUCUCCGACAUACUGUUUUGGAUAAUGUUGAAAUAAAUCUUUUGAAAAUGCAAAUAUUUUUUGCCAUUGCAGCACAUACACCGUCUACAGAAACUUUGUCUUAGUUUGUUUAGUGUUGCUAUAAAGACAUACCGGAGACUGGGUAAUUUAUAUUAUUUGGCUCCUGAUUUUAGAUGGCUGGAAAGUUCAAGAUCGGGCUUCUGCAUCUGGUGAUGGCCUCAGGCUGCUUCCACUCAUGCAAAGGUAUUUCAUCUUAUCAAUUACUGAAUUAUGAAGAUGAAUCCGAUGUUUCACUCUAUGGAAGGCGAGGUAACCAUAUUGUAAAUGACGUUGGGAUUAAUGUUGCUGGAUCAGAUUCCAUUGCAGUGAAAGCUUCGUUUGGUAUAGUAACCAAACAUGAAGUGGAAGUAUCAACACUACUCAAAGAAAUUACUACACGAAAAAUUAACUUUGACCACAGCUUGAUACGUCAGUCAAGGAGCAGCAGAAAGGCAGUAUUGUGUGUGGUCAUGGAGAGCAUCCGAACCACACGACAGUGCUCACUGUCUGUGCAUGCUGGAAUUCGAGGGGAAGCAAUGAGGUUUCACUUUAUGGAUGAACAGAAUCCCAAGGGAAGGGACAAAGCUAUUGUUUUCCCAGCACAUACAACCAUAGCUUUCAGUGUUUUUGAACUCUUCAUAUACCUGGAUGGUGCCUUUGACCUUUGUGUCACUUCAGUGUCAAAAGGAGGAUUUGAAAGGGAAGAAACGGCAACAUUUGCACUGCUGUACAGGUUGAGAAAUAUCCUAUUUGAAAGAAAUAGAAGAGUGAUGGAUGUAAUUUCUCGUUCACAGCUUUACUUGGAUGAUCUUUUUUCUGACUACUAUGACAAACCUCUCAGCAUGACUGAUAUUUCACUCAAAGAAGGGACCCAUAUUCGAGUUAACUUACUUAAUCACAACAUUCCCAAAGGGCCGUGCAUACUCUGUGGAAUGGGGAACUUCAAAAGGGAGACAGUUUAUGGGUGCUUUCAGUGUUCUGUUGAUGGUCAGAAGUAUGUGAGACUUCAUGCAGUUCCUUGUUUUGAUAUUUGGCACAAGAGGAUGAAAUAAAAUGAAAAAUGAAUAUACCAUGUUGGUGUUGUAGGUGCAGUUGUGCCACAAACCUUCCCUAAAUUAUCUAGGUUUGCUUUCAUGAGUUAAAUUAAAAUGAGAAAAA